AUGGCGAAUGUUCCAAAGAUAGGGAAGGCUGUGUACCAGGGACCAAGCAUAGUCAAAGAGAUAAUAUACGGAAUAGCACUAGGACUUGCGGCUGGAGGGUUGUGGAAGAUGCAUCACUGGAACAACCAAAGACGAACGAGGGAGUUUUAUGAUUUGCUAGAGAAGGGAGAUAUCAGUGUUGUCGCUGCAGAUGAGUAGCAUCCAAGACCGCAUAAUUUCUUAUAAGAGUUCAAGAUCAACAACCAACAAAAGGAACGCGUUGUGUGUGUGUUUUUUUUUGUGUACUUCAAUAAAUGUUGUAAAACAAACUUCAGAUCAAUAUUUUAAAAAUCGU